GAGUAAACUAAAACACAGACGACCGCGGGCGAGACUUGCCAACGUGAUUUUUAGGCACUUGGGAGACUGCAAAUGGAUGUCUAAGAAAUGAAAGGUGCAACUGAAUGUCUAUACGAUGUUCCGAACGUCCAAUGUACGGAGGUACAGGGGAUGAUGGCACUGGGGGACCUCUUGUCCAGAUGUGGAUUGUCUCUCCUACCUACUUCGUACAUGGGAGUAGACCCUCAAUCCCCAUCCCAUCCCAUCCUCCAUCCUCCCAUCCGCGCGGGGUCAGCUCUCUCCACACUUCUUGACCGUAAUGGCAAUAAAUUUAGUCUGUGCCAAUGCAAUGCCAUCCAUGACACUGGCACCGGCACUGGGGGACCGUUCGUAGAUAAAGACUCGCCUUGACCCUCAACUCUUCCGAGGUUAACACUCCAGCCACAAUUCAUCCACAAACACAACACAACACAACACCACAUACAAACUCGUGACUUCAAAAGUUCCCAUACCAGCAGAUACCUAGACGAGAGACACCAAUAUGGCUAGCACUGACUCCAUCCUUCAGGGUGUCAACCUUUUGGGCAAUGUUAAUGCCACUCACAAGAAGAUCCUAACUCCAGAUGCCAUUGCCUUCCUCGCCCUCCUUCACCGUUCCUUCAAUGGCACACGCAAGGAACUUCUCCAACGCCGAGUCAUCAGACAAGCCGAGCUGGACAAAGGAACAUUGCCAGACUUCCUACCAGAAACAAGACACAUCAGAGAGAAUGAUGCGUGGAAGGGAGCCCCACCUGCACCGGGCCUGGUUGAUCGAAGAGUGGAGAUCACAGGUCCAACCGAUCGAAAGAUGGUUGUGAAUGCCCUGAACUCCAAUGUUUGGACUUAUAUGGCUGAUUUGGAAGGUGUGUAUUACUGUCCAGUCUUAAGAGAUGAUUCUAACCACUUUCCACCAGAUUCGAGUGCCCCAACAUGGGAUAACAUGAUCAAUGGACAAGUCAACCUCUACGAUGCCAUCCGCAGACAGGUUGAUUUCAGACAAGGCGGAAAAGAGUACAAACUCCGAACCGACCGUAUCCUCCCCACACUUAUCGUUCGACCUCGAGGCUGGCACUUGGAUGAGAAACAUGUCACUGUUGAUGGGGAGCCAAUCUCUGGCAGUCUUUUUGAUUUCGGUUUAUACUUCUAUCACAAUGCCAAGGAGCUGAUCCAGCGUGGAUUCGGACCAUACUUUUAUCUCCCCAAAAUGGAAUCACAUCUCGAAGCACGAUUAUGGAACGAUGUUUUCAACCUUGCCCAGGAUUAUGUUGCCAUUCCACGCGGAACAGUUCGAGGAACGGUCUUGAUUGAGACCAUCUUGGCUGCUUUUGAGAUGGAUGAGAUUAUCUAUGAACUUCGCGAUCACAGCUCAGGAUUGAACUGUGGACGUUGGGAUUACAUCUUCAGCGUCAUUAAGAAAUUCCGUCAAAAUUCCAACUUUAUCCUUCCUGAUCGAUCGGCCGUUACCAUGACGGUCCCAUUCAUGGAUGCGUACGUUAAGCUUUUGAUUCAAACAUGUCAUAGGCGACAAGUCCAUGCUAUGGGUGGUAUGGCUGCUCAAAUUCCAAUCAAGGACGACAAGGCCGCCAAUGACAAGGCAAUGGAGGGUGUAUAUGCCGACAAGCUUCGUGAGGUAAAGGCCGGUCAUGAUGGAACAUGGGUAGCUCACCCAGCUCUAGCAUCCAUUGCCUCGGAAGUAUUUAACAAACAUAUGCCCACCCCAAAUCAAAUGUUUAUCCGCCGAGAAGAUGUUAAGAUCGGCCAAAAUGACCUCCUCAACAUGAACGUCCCAGGCCAAGUCACCGAAGAAGGGAUCCGCAAGAAUCUCAACAUCGGAUUGGGAUACAUGGAGGGCUGGCUACGCGGAGUAGGUUGCGUACCAAUCAACUACCUCAUGGAGGAUGCGGCCACUGCAGAAGUCAGUCGUAGUCAAUUGUGGCAAUGGGUACGACAUGGCGUCCCAACUGCGACCGGAAAGAAGGUUGAUAAGGCGUAUGCUUUGAAGUUGUUGAAGGAGCAGGCGGAUGAGCUGGCAAGCAAGGGUCCGAAGGGCAAUAAGUAUUAUCUCGCUGCGCAGUAUUUCUCAGGUCAGGUUACGGGUGAGGAUUAUGCCGACUUUUUGACUUCGUGAGUUCUCCUUCCCCCCUCUUUAACUCUGCAAGACUUCUUUGAUAUUGUGAGGAGUGCUAAUUGGAUGAUAGGCUGCUGUAUAAUGAGAUUACUAGCGUGGGUACCUCAUCGCCUGCAUCCAAGUUGUAAGUGGUGGCCCCGAAAAGGCGUAGUGGACGGUUCUGCGAAUCAAAAAUGGGAAUGGUAUUCACGUUUUUUUGUAUGACAACUUGAAAUUGAAAGUUUCUUCAGCUACAAUACCAUGACCAGAACAAUUUUAUUCCCUUGAUUACC